ACAUCCCCAAGCUGGUACCACAAGUGGACAUGGUGGACACAGGGAGCAGCUUCGCCAUGACCUACGCCUUCUGCUCCCAGUUCUCGAAGGGCGUGUACGCCAUCAUGGGCCUGUACGACCGGCGGACGGUCAACAUGCUGAUGUCUUUCUGCGGCUCGCUUCACGUCUGCUUCGUCACGCCGUCCUUCCCCGUCCAGACCAACAACCAGUUCGUCCUGCAGCUGCGGCCCCAGCUGCAGGAGCCCCUCAUGGCCCUGCUGGAGCACUUCUACUGGACCAGGUUCGUCUACAUGUACAGCUCCGACUCAGGUCUGUCGGUGCUGCAGAGGAUCCUGGACACGGCGGCGGAGCAGGGCUGGCAGGUCACCUCCGUUAACCUGGACACGCUGACGGAGUCGGCCUUCAUCAAGCUGCUGGCCGACCUGGACUACAAGAAGGACUAUCAGAUCAUCAUCGACUGCGAGCUGGAUCGACUCAACUCCAUCCUCAACCUGAUCGCUGCUCAGAGGAGAAACUUGAAGAACUACCACUACAUCCUGGCCAACCUGGGCUUCAUGGACAUGAAUGUCACGGAGUUUCAGAAGCUGGGGCCGAACGUGACGGGCUUCCAGCUGGUGAACCGGUCCGAUCCAGCUGUGAUGAAGAUCAACCAGGACUGGCUGGACUUCGACAGCAAAGACCUGAAGCUGGCCCGCAGGAGGCUCAGGUACACGGGAGCUCUGACCUACGACGGCGUCACUGUCAUGGCGACGGCCUUCCAGAACCUGCGGCGGCAGCGGAUCGACAUCUCUCGCCGCGGCAACGCAGGGGAGUGUCUGGCCAACCCCCCCGCUCCCUGGGGUCAGGGCAUCGACAUCCAGAGAGCCCUGCAACAGGUGCGUCUGGAGGGGCUGACAGGUCACGUUCAGUUCGAUGAGCGAGGACAUCGCACCAACUACACGCUGACUGUGAUGGAGCUGAGCCACACCGGACCCAGGAAGAUCGGCUACUGGAACGAGAGGAGGGGCUACGUGAACACAGCCGUGUACCGGCCGGUGGUGGAGGAGUUCUACGGUCUGCAGAACCGAACCUACGUCGUCACCACCAUCCUGGAAGCUCCCUACAUGAUGCUGAAGAAGAACCACGAGCAGUUCGUGGGGAACGACAAGUACGAGGGUUACUGCGCCGAGCUCGCCUCGGAGAUCGCCAAACACGUCGGCUUCGCCUACCGCCUGGAGCUGGUGGGCGACGGCAAGUACGGCGCCAGAGACGCCGAGACCAAGAUGUGGAACGGCAUGGUGGGAGAACUGGUGUACGGGAAAGCCGACGUGGCGGUCGCCCCGCUCACCAUCACUCUGGUGCGAGAGCAGGUGAUCGACUUCACCAAACCGUUCAUGUCUCUGGGGAUCUCCAUCAUGAUCAAGAAACCCACCAAGUCCAAACCUGGCGUCUUCUCCUUCCUCGACCCGCUGGCCUACGAGAUCUGGAUGUGCAUCGUCUUCGCCUACAUCGGUGUCAGCGUGGUGCUCUUCCUGGUGAGUCGCUUCAGUCCGUACGAGUGGCAGGGAGAGGAUGAAGACGAUGAAGAUGAAACUUUGGCCUCCUCCGAGGCUCCAGAACACACCAACGACUUCGGGAUCUUUAAUUCUCUGUGGUUCUCGCUCGGGGCCUUCAUGCAGCAGGGCUGUGACAUCUCCCCCAGGUCUCUCUCAGGGCGAAUUGUCGGAGGAGUUUGGUGGUUUUUCACCCUCAUCAUCAUCUCCUCCUAUACAGCCAACCUGGCAGCCUUCCUCACUGUAGAGAGGAUGGUCUCCCCCAUAGAGAGCGCAGAGGACCUGGCCAAGCAGACGGAGAUCGCCUACGGUACCCUGGACGGAGGCUCCACUAAAGAGUUCUUCAGGAGGUCGAAGAUUGCCGUUUUUGAGAAGAUGUGGUCAUACAUGCGGAGCGCAGACCCUUCGGUGUUCGUCAAGAACACCAACGAAGGUGUGUUGCGAGUCAGAAAGUCGAAGGGGAAGUAUGCCUACCUGCUGGAGUCCUCCAUGAACGAGUACAUCGAGCAGAGGAAGCCCUGCGACACCAUGAAAGUAGGAGGCAACCUGGACUCUAAAGGCUACGGAGUGGCCACGCCCAAAGGAUCGCCCCUCAGAAACCCUGUUAACUUGGCAGUGUUAAAACUGAACGAGCAGGGCCUGUUGGACAAAUUGAAAAACAGAUGGUGGUAUGACAAGGGAGAGUGCGGCACCGGGGGAGGGGACUCCAAGGACAAGACGAGCGCUCUCAGUCUGAGCAACGUGGCGGGAGUGUUUUAUAUUCUGAUUGGCGGGCUUGGGCUGGCCAUGCUCGUGGCUCUGGUCGAGUUCUGCUACAAGUCCCGGAUCGAGUCGAGAAGGAUGAAGGAGCUUAUCGAUGCCGCCAUGAUGAGCACCAGCCUUGGCGGGAUGGGAGGAGGAGGAGGAGGAGGCGAGAAUGGACGCGUGGUGGCGCACGACUUCCCAAAAGCCGGAGCUCAGGGUUUACCCUGCAUGAGCAAGGCAGCCGGCCUGGGACUGUCCUCCACAGGCAUGUGA